GGUAAUAUCCUUCUUUUUCUUUUUCUUUUUUGUUUCUCACAAAACUACUUUUAUGUCAACAGAAGAGAAAAAAGCAACUGUGGCUAUUGUUGGAGCAGGGUUGGUAGGCUCUUUGAACGCCAUUUAUUUUGCGCAAAGAGGCUGGAAAGUAGAUUUGUUUGAACUUCGACCAGAUAUGAGAUUGAAUACAGAAAGUCGAAAGGGCAAAUCUAUCAACUUAGCUCUUUCAGAAAGAGGUCUUAGUGCCUUAAGAGCUACCAAGUUGGGGCUCGAGGAUGUCAUCCUAGAGGCAUCUGUACCCAUGAAAGCAAGAAUGGUACAUAUAGGCAAAGAGGGUAAGCAGAUGUCCCAACCUUAUUCUGUCCAUGGAGAGCACAUUAAUGCAGUGGACAGAGCUAGACUCAAUGAACUGCUCUUAACUGCUGCCGAGCGUAUGAGCAACGUUACUGUCUAUUUUGAACACAGACUUUCUCGCGUGGAUUUCGAUAAAAAUCAACUAGAGUUUAUUACUGCAGAUGAAAGUACAUCUGUAUAUGAAAGUGAUCUGAUUGUUGGAGCUGAUGGCGCUUAUUCAAGGACAAGACAACAGAUCAUGCGUCAUAUGAGAUUGGAUUUCAGUCAACAAUAUAUUGACACCGGCUACUGUGAACUGAUUAUGCCUCCUGCACACGGCCCUAAUGGAGAAGACGCGUUUGCUUUAGACCCCAACCAUCUUCACAUUUGGCCAAGACACACAUUUAUGCUCAUUGCUCUCCCAAAUCCGGAUUUCUCAUUUACAUGCACCCUAUUUAUGCCAUUCAAGAUGUUUGAUGACAUUAAGACGGAAGAACAAUUGAUGGAGUUCUUUAGAGAGCAUUUUAACGAUGCCAUUCCACUUAUCGGCGAGAAAUCUUUAAAGUCAUCCUUCUUUAGCAAUCCCCGAGGUUCACUCGUAACAGUCAAGGCCUCUCCCCAUCAUCUUGACGACAAGGCUGUAAUCAUUGGCGAUGCAGCGCACGCCAUGGUUCCUUUUUACGGACAAGGAAUGAAUUGCGGUUUCCAAGAUGUAGAAGUGCUACAUAAUAUCCUUGAUCGCUACCAAGUUGCCCCUGUUGUCAGAAAUAAUACCAUCCAGAACCUGAAAGAAGCACUGGAUGAGUAUUCUCGUAUACGUGUGAAGGAUGCACAUGCUAUCUGUGAUUUGGCUUUAUAUAACUAUUACGAGAUGAGACAUGCGGUUACUUCAUAUAAAUUCUUGGCUAGAAAGAAACUAGAAGGAGCGAUUCAUUUACUCUUCCCUACCCUCAUCAUUCCACUCUAUACUAUGGUCAGUUUCUCUACGCUUCCUUAUUCCCGUGCCAUUGAUCGUUGGCAUCGUCAGACUCGAUGGUUAAAUGCAGCCAUGGGAACAGCCGCAGCUGCCACUAUAUGUGCUACUGUGGCCAUGGGAUUAAUGCACAAGAGACAAAUUGUAAAUUCGGUUAAAGAAGUGACCGAGAGUCUAAGAGGUCUUUUUACUACUAUUACUGCUUAAAUAAAGUUUACUUCAUAGCUGAGACUGGUAUCUCACUAGCACUCUUUCUUUUUUU